UGCCAGAGAAACGCUGCGGUGAUCGAGUGGCGGCGUGUUAUGUUGUGAAAAAAUUUGGAUUUUCGUUUUUCGAAAAAAAAAAAACACACACACAAAAAGGAAAUAAAAAUAAAUUUAAAAAAUAACUUUAAAAAAAAUAUAAAAAUAAGAUUAUACCGAGGAAAAAAAUUCAGUGAAAAUUCUUUAAUUUUUCCAAUUGGAAAAUUAGAAAAAAUAUUUAAAAAAAAAUAUAGAAAACAGAGAAAAAAGUUUAGUGAAGUGUAAUUAUUAAAUGAUUUAAUCAACAACAAGAAGAAAAAACUCAAUACCAAAAGUGAUUCAAUGUGCAAAUAGUUUGAUUUAUUUUUUUUUUCUAUUUUUAUUUUGUUUUGGAUUUAUUUUUCUCUAUUUUUGGAGUAGCUAAAAACUCCGUUAAAAUGUCAAUUAAUACUACGUGAAACCAUUAAAAAAAAACAACAAAAAAAGGAAAUAUACAGAAAUAAAAAGAAAUAAUAACAAAAUUUAGAAAAAAAGGAUAGAAAAAUUAAUUAAAAAGUGAAGAUGCCGGAAAAGGAGGCUUCAUUUCUGCACGAUCAAGUUCAAAUUCAUCCUCUUUUCCAUCAUACUCAUCAUCAUCUCAAUCACCUGCCGCUGCAUCAAUUGAAUGGCGCUGCUGGCGCCACGGCUGCCACUACACCUUCCGUUUCAACGUACCAACCACCCCCUCCGCCCCCACCACCACCACCCUUCCCCUCUGCCUUUGUGGCCUUUCAUUCGGCCGCCCUGGAGCAUCACCAGCGACCAGAUGGGACUGCACAGGCCGGUCCAGCCGGCGGCAUCUACCUCUGGGACAAUCCCUUCCACCAUGGACUGGCCAAUACCACAAAUUAUGCUGAAUUCCAAUUGCGGCGCGCGGCGGCAAUUAGUGCCGCGUCAACGGCUCCACCUGAUGCUACAUCCAAUCCCACGGUAUCCACCGAAGCCUCAACUCCCGCAGACUUCCAUCCAGCCUACCGGAUUGCACCUGGAUACAUGGAACACCUCUAUAGCCUUCAACAUGCCUCAAGUCCAACGGCUUCGCUGCACGGUCUUGGACUUAGUGCGGAUUUUUUGGCAAGUAGAACACCUCUUGGAGAUCUCCAUGCUACAAAUAGUCUGGCCAGUGGGGACUUUCACUUCAGCAUUGAUGGUUCUAGGCUGAGUACACCACGUCCGGGUAGUCUUAGGGCAUCAACAAUGAGUCGCAAGAGGCCACUGUCAUCAUCGCCAUAUUCGGAUUCCUUUGACAUCAAUUCCAUGAUACGCUUUUCGCCAAAUUCCCUAGCAGCUACGUUAGUUGGUGGUUCUAGGGCAUCAUCGGCAGCCGGUAGCUAUGGCCAUUUGUCAGCUGGUACACUUAGUCCAGCACUUGGGAUGCAUGCCGCCAUGACACCACAUCUACAGCAACUUCAGGCUCAUCUACUGCGAUCAGCUGGUGGUCUACUGCACCAUCCACCACCUACCUUUCCCACCUUACCGCCAACGGGUGCCUGGCCACCUGGAACACCCCUAAGACCCGAAGAUGUUAGCUCUAGUGAUGUCCAGCGACGACCCACCGAACAACCUAGUUCUAGUACACAGGUGGCUCAAGCUGAGGCUGAUAGUGCAUCAGCUGCUGUUACAAAACGUCGUUCCGGUGCACAGAGACGUGAACCAACUAUUGAGAGUCAACAACAAUUGGCCGAUACGACAGAUCUCAAGGAUGAACCUGGUGAUUUUGUUGAGACAAAUUGCCAUUGGAGGGAUUGUGUAUUGGAAUUUGGUACACAAGCUGAAUUAGUUAAGCAUAUCAAUAAUGAUCAUAUUCAUGCCAAUAAGAAGUCAUUUGUGUGCCAAUGGGAUGAAUGUUCGCGGGAUGAGAAACCAUUUAAAGCACAAUAUAUGUUGGUGGUACAUAUGAGACGUCAUACUGGGGAAAAACCUCAUAAAUGCACGUUUGAGGGCUGUUGCAAGGCCUAUUCAAGGCUGGAAAAUCUAAAGACACAUUUGAGAUCUCAUACGGGUGAAAAGCCGUACAUGUGUGAAUAUCCUGGAUGUAGCAAAGCCUUUAGUAAUGCAUCAGAUCGGGCUAAACAUCAAAAUCGGACACAUAGCAAUGAGAAACCGUACGUUUGCAAGGCACCGGGUUGCACAAAACGGUAUACUGAUCCAUCGUCUCUGCGGAAACACGUUAAAACCGUUCAUGGAGCUGAAUUCUAUGCCACGAAGAAGCACAAAGGUCAAGAUGGUGGUCCACAUAGUCAUCCACCGGGAUCUGCCGGACAUGAAGAUGGCGGAGCUGCUGCUGCUGAUGCCUCACCACGUAGCGAUGAUCUCCAAUCGGGCAAGACAAAUAGUCUGAGUAGUCCGAGUAUUAAGUCUGAAUCUGAGGCAAAUUCGCCAGCUCUACCAGCAGCUUCCGGAUCACCAGCUGCACAUUUACUGUGCGGCGGUGGUAUAGAUGGCACUGGUGAUCACUUUGAAGGAUUGACAAGUGAUCCGGGAUGGCCAUAUGAAGAUGAUGAUGUAGAAGCAGCUGAUCUACCGGUUGUUCUACGUGCAAUGGUGGGUCUUGGAGGUAGUGGACUUCUCCGGACACGUUUCCGGAGUCCUCGUUUGGCCACAAAACCCACAUUUGCAGCUGCCCAAUUGUCAAAUAUUCCCGAAACGGCCAUUGGAAUCGGUGAACUCAAUAGGCGUAUAACAAAUUUAAAAAUGGAACCGGGUACAGGACCUCCGGGUAGUACGGUUGAUGGUGGUAAGGGUGUGAGGAAAGAUAGUGCAACGAGUAUUGCCAGUAGUUACUACGGUAGUAUGAGAAGUGCCGAUUUUAGCCGGAGAAGCAGUCAAAUAAGUCAUGCAUCAUCGGGUCGAGGUGGUCAGACGCAUUCUCUCUAUGAUCCAAUCAGUCCGGGCAGUUCGAGACGUAGCAGUCAACUGUCAACGACAACAAAUGGCGGACAGAGUCUACCACCGGCUCCAUCAUCGCAUCUAUUGGCAGCACAUCUGCAACGACUGGAUCCAUCACCAACGCAUCCCAAUGAGGCCGUUGUCCUGGAUGAAGUGGCCGAAGGGGAAAUGGUGGAAAAUAAACUUGUCAUUCCGGAUGAGAUGCUUCAGUACCUCAAUCAAGUUCAGGCAACACAGCAGACCGAAGAUGAACCCCAGUGGCCACCAUUGGAACCAUCUGGUGGCCCAAUAGCAACUUCCGGACUAACAAGUUGUGACUAUUUGCCACAAUUCAGUGAAAUAGCCAGUUUGAGUAUGUCCGUUGACAAUAUAACCUCAAAUCCAGCAAAUGGUGCACCAAUUCCAGCAGCAGCACCAGAACCACCAACAACAGCAGCACCAUCAGUGCCAAAACCAACUGAAAUUCAAUGCUGUGAUAUCAGUCAAUCACAAAUGUCUCCAGCUGUUGCCUUUACCGAUGACAGAUGUCACAGAGGUAUGCGUCAGGAGGUGUAUCAACGCACCUUGGAAUAUGUUCAGAGCUGUCAAAAUUGGACAGAGGCACCAGAUGCAGCCGUUACAUCCAGCACUCAUCCGUCCAGUUCGAAUAUGAUCAUCAAUGACAUGAGUACAUCCUUAAGUUCACUCAUGGAGGAAAAUCGUUUUCUCCAACUUAUAAAUCAGUAAGUCAUUAUUCACCAUCC